AUGACGGCGCUCCGUCAGCUCUUGUCGGCGGCGUGCGGCUGGCCCACGGUGCGGCUCAGCACCCACCCCAGCUGCGACGAGAUGCAUUGGAUUUGCGCUGCGAUGCCCAUCUUCAAUAACGUGGACAUCGAUGGCAUCAGCUUGAGCGAGCGCUGGAAAGGCGGGGAUCUUGGGUUCAAAACACCCUUUUGCAGCUUUCCCAACAAGUGGGCGUCCAAAAUGACGGCCUUGGACGGCAAGGCAUCGGUAGACGCCAACAUGGCAGGCGGCAACGCCGAGGACCGUAGCAUGGUCUGCGUGUCGUAG